CAUUCCACGGUUUCCCGCCAGCCCAUCGUCCCUUCCCCUCGUUCAUCUGCCCUAGCUCUCUCCCUCCAGUGGCAGCUUCGUAAUUUUCUCUAAUUCGCCUCUCUCUCCAGUGGCAAUUCUGUAAUUUUCCUUGUCCGACCCUCUCGCCGGUGGCAGUACCGUAAUUUUCUCAGAUUCCGUCCGUCCCUCUCUCUCCGGUGGCAAUACCGUAAUUUUCUCCGAUUUCGCCCCUCUCCACUCUCCAUUGGCAAUUUCGUAAUUUUCGCCGAUCUCUUCCCUCCCUUUCUCUCUCUCCAGUGGCAAUACCGUAAUUUUCUCGGAUCUCGUCCCUCCCUCUCUCCCGUGGCAAUACCGUAGUUUUAAAAGAUGCUGGAACUCCGGCUCGUGCAAGGAAGCUUGCUGAAGAAGGUUCUGGAAGCGAUAAAAGAUCUAGUGACGGACGCCAACUUCGACUGCUCGUCGUCGGGAUUCUCCCUCCAGGCCAUGGAUUCAAGCCACGUGGCUCUCGUGGCCCUCCUCCUCAAAUCCGACGGCUUUGAGCACUUCCGCUGUGAUCGCAACCUCUCCAUGGGCAUGAACCUCAGCCACGUGUCCAAGCUGCUAAAGUGCGCCGGGAACGACGAUAUCAUCACCCUCAAGGCCGAUGACGGCGGCGACACCGUCACCUUCAUGUUCGAGAAUCCACGUCAAGAUAAGAUUGCAGACUUUGAAAUGAAAUUGAUGGAUAUCAAGAGCGAGCAUUUGGGUAUUCCUGAAGCAGAAUAUCAAUCGAUUGUCAAGAUGCCUUCACAAGAGUUUGCACGUAUAUGCAAGGAUCUGAGCAGUAUAGGUGACACAGUUGUUAUAUCAGUGACGAAAGAAGGCGUAAAGUUCUCUACAAGAGGUGAUAUUGGCAGUGCAAAUAUAGUAUGCAGGCAGAACAACACCGUAGACAAGCCUGAGGAAGCUACCAUCAUCCAAAUGAAGGAGGCUGUCUCUCUGACAUUUGCGCUCCGGUACAUGAUUUCAUUUACAAAGGCAACGCCUCUGUCGAACAUGGUGACCAUCAGCAUGUCCUCUGAUCUGCCCAUUGUUGUGGAGUACAAAAUCGCGGAAAUGGGCUAUCUCAGGUAUUACUUGGCCCCCAAGAUCGAAGACGAGGAGGAUCAAUCCUAGCCAUUCUAUUUGUUGUUUCUUCUUUUUCCCCCAAAAAUUUUCUUUUUCAUAUAUUCUUGUGUUUAUUCUAUCGUAUUUGAUGGAUUAUCAAAAGAAAAUUUGUUGAGAAUUCGGAAAUGUUCAGCAUAAAAAAAAAAAGAGGAGGCAACAAAUAACAGAAAGAAAGAGAUUGACAGGCA